ACUGAGGGUAUAAAAGUCAAGUGGCAGACGAAGACUUUGCACACUUACUCUUUUUUAUUCGGAUGACUCAAAUGAUAUUGAAGCAUCUGAACAUGGAUUAUUAACACACAAGAUGCCCGCUUAAACCCAAUCAUCUCAGAGAACAACAAACCAGGCCACCCUACUGUUAAAUUCCUCAUCAUAUGUUCCACGGUGACAUCUUAACCUUCGACCUUUUUAGCAAAGAAAAUGAAAUCCAACAAAAAGCAGAAGGCAGCUGCAGAACCUGUGUCCGUUUACGUUCCGGACAUCCCGGAGCCAACAUGCAGAGCUGAGCUCAUCAAGCACUGGAAGGAUUUCACUUUAGACAAUAAGACGGCCAACAAGAUGCUGUGGAUUUCUGACGGUGGGUCUAAAGUGUUUCGUAGAACUGCAGAAGUUUGUCCGGUCCUGGAUGGAACAGACAGAUAUGAGUACUCUCCACAAGUGGUGUGCAAAGAGUCUAUUUGGAACACGAGGGCUUACUGGGAGGUGGACUACACGGGCUGGGCGGUAACUGGAGCCGCCUAUGAAGGAGCAGGAAGGAGGGCGAGCUCUGGGCCAAGCGGCCUGGGAGAAAACGAUGAGUCGUGGGGUCUGUGUUGGUCAGGAACAUCUUACGAGAUCUGGUACAACUCUACGAACAAAAACAUACAUGAUGUCCCAUACAGCUCCAGAAUGGGAGUGUACAUCGACCAGCCUGCAGGCAUUAUCAACUUCUACGUGGUGAACGGUGAGGGGGCAGAGAGGGAGGUUCAACUGUUGCAGAAAGUUAACACUACUCUUAAGGAAAAGAUCCUUCCAGGUUUUUGGAUGGGAAUCGAGUCCUCGUGCACGAUAGUGAAGAGACCAGAAUGAAAUGCUGAAGCUAAAACUGAUCAAAUCUGUUGAUUGCGCUACAAUUAGGUUUUGACACUUAAGUGCUAACUGUUGCACAUAUUCCUGUAAUUCUUAUUUAAUACCUACAAUAUGUUUUAAUUAAAGUUAAUCAAGCAUGCUUCAGUUCGAUUCGAUUUAAAGGAAAACAAUUAACUUGUUUGUUUUUUGUUUUUUUAAAUGUUGCCUCAGAAUGGAUAUGUAUGUAUUGAUUAUGAUAUUCAUAAAUGUGGAGUGCCUUGGGACUUUAUAAGGACUGAAAUAAACAAUGUAUUACUAUAAAUGAAUG